CGGACGUUUUUGUUUAUAACUUCUGUGGUGAAGAAAAUGUGCUGACGUAGUUCGGUCUGGUAGGUAGAAGUUGGUUUUGUGUUUCUGAUUGGACAGGGAGCAGCAGAGGAGGCCGGAGUGGGAUUGAGAUGUAUCAGGGAGGUGGGGACAGUUCAUGGAAGCCCAUGGCAGAGAGGAGGGAGAAAGAUGGUGCUGGGCCUUCUCGACCAGGUCCUCCUCGGCGAGUUGGCCUCUCACGACCAAGUAUCGUGCCUGUAGUGCCUGCUGGGACUCUGAAAGACACUCCGACCGGUAAAGGAUUUACCAUAUCCGGUGUGCCUGUGCGGUUUCCUUACGAGCCAUACGGGUCACAGCUGGCGUUUAUGCACAAAGUCUUGGCGACGCUGGAAGCGACCCGACGGGAGAAAAAUGUGAAUGCCAUCCUGGAAUCGCCGACUGGAUCAGGCAAAUCGUUGGCAUUGUUGUGUGCGGCCCUAGCCUGGCAGCGACACAUGAAGAAAAAUCCCCCUCCUCCUCAUCCUCCGCCUCCUUCUGCUACUGGUGCUACUGCUGCUGCUGGAGCUACUCCUCCUGCCCCUACCCUUACUUUUGCUGCUCCUUCUACUGGCCCUUCUCCUCUUUCUGGUCCUUUUGCUUAUGGCCCUGCGACCACUCUUUCUCCUCAUCAGUGUGGAAAAGAGCGAAGGAGAUCUGCAGAUGGUGGCUGCGCUGGCGGCAGUGGUGGUGGCAAUGGCAGCGGUAAAGGGAGUGGUAUCGAUCACUUUGGUGAAGCUGGUGGUUUCAUCCGCGAUGAAGAUGAUCGGUGGAAUACAGCAGGGUUCCACGAUGAUGCAGAUUUCCAAGAGAUGAAAAGACCCAACAACGGCAGGCAAAGGGGAAGACUAAGUGGACAGGAUGAAGGGAGGAGACUAAGUGGUCAGGAUGAAGGGAGGAGACUAAGUGGACAGGACGAUGCUGCAAUGUUGGCUGACACAAAGCCAAAGGUUCCGAAAAUUUACUAUGCCACGUGCCGAGAUGAAGAAGAGAGGAGGAAGGCUGCAGAAGAAGAAGCAGCAACAGAGGAGGAGGAAGAAGAAGAAGAGCCCCUCGAAAGAAGACGUGGAGAAGAGAGAGGGGAGACAAGUGGCACGAAAGGGGAAGAUGCAUGGAUGGAGAAGAAGAUUACAGAGUGGGUGGCUAACUUAUCGUUAGGGGAGGAUGAGGAGGCACAGUUGUAUGUGCCGCAGGAGGAGAGAGAAGCGUUUGUCAGGCAGUUGGAGACGAUAGAAGAACCCCUGGAACGCCAAACAACAGAAGAUGAAAAGAAGCUGGAGUGGAAGUUGAGAAUGAUGAGGGAGAAGAAGAGGAGGAGAGAGGAGGCCAAUAGGGUGGCGAAGGAAGUAGAGAAGGUUCAAGCCUGUAGAGAGGAAGUGCAGGCACAAGUUGAGGUCCCCGCCAAACCGGAUAAGAUUCUGGGGUACCUAGAGAUUCUGAGCAAGGCCUGGGUGGAAGAACAUCAGGCCGUUAAGGGUCAAGAUGUGACCCUGCACACCAUCCGAUAUGGGUUUAGGGAGUUUGCGCGCGACGUGGUGACCCACGUCGGGACUGAAGUCAAGAAACUAAAGGAAGGUGAAGAGAAGUUUUGUGCUGGCGCCAUUGAGGGCGCCAAAGUUGUGGUUGCGGCUGAAGCCAAAGCACGUCCCCACAAGGAGCCAGUAAAGCUCAAAUUUCCUGACCCGUAUGGCGGGAAGAAGGAGGAAAGUUUUGAUAACUGGGAGGCUAGUGUUAACAGUUACGUGUAUUUACAACACAUCUUGUCUGAGGAACAAGUCCUCGUAGCCUUCCAAGCCUUCAAGGAUGAAGCAGCCAAUUUUGUGAUUCGAGAAUUUCGGAAGACUGAAUAUGCAGCACCCAUGGCUGUGCUGGCUUCAAGAAGGCACUACUGCAUAAAUCCUCCACUGCUGAGAAGAAAGAGCAAUAUUGAUGAGGACUGCAAGGAAUUGCUGAAGGAUCCCCGUUCAAGCUGUCCUUAUUACAAAAAUGUGAAUAACCUGAAAACGCAUCCUGCGCUUUCCGGGAAUAUGCAGAUCCAUGAUGUUGAAGAUCUCGCUGGCAUGGGUCGUGAAGUGAGAGGGUGCCCGUACUUCGCUGCCCGUGGCAUAGCAGAAGAUGCGGACAUUGUGUUCUGCCCGUACAACUACAUUCUUGAGCCUGGUAUUCGGAAGGCAAUGGAGCUGGAUAUUAAGGAUGCUGUCAUCAUCUUGGAUGAGGCACACAACAUUGAAGAUGUCACAAGGGAAGCUGCAAGUACGGAGGUUACGGAGGAUCUCUUAGGUGGGCUGCUGUAUGAGCUGAACACGGUGCAUUAUGGGAAGAACAAAGAAGUUCAUGAACCACUUCGUGAGGUGAUUCAGGCUUUGCUUUCCUGGCUUCAUGAUCAAGCGCAAAACCUCAAGAAUAAGCAGUUUGAGCGUGGCCAUUCUUUGUGGUCCGGAGGGGAGGCAGUGUUUGAGCUGGGUAAAGUGGGGAUCGUGGCCCCUACAUUUCCAGUCUUGUUGAAAUGUGCCACAAAGGCAGUACAGCUGGCAACAGACUCAAAUAACAAGGAGCCAGUUCUCAGUGGAAUGGGAUGUUCCACCUUGGAGGGUUUGUUUAGGACAUUGAACUACAUGUUUAAGCAGAAUUUCAAGCAUUUGCAUGACUUCCGGAUGGUUGUUGAGCAGAACGUUCAGCAAGAUGAAGGAAAGUUGCUGUUCUGGGCAUCAAGAAGACAAGAAGUUUCGUUCAAGCUCUGGUGUUUGAAUCCUGCGGUUGCAUUUCUAGAAGUAGCAGCACUGGCCAGAACAAUUAUUCUUACCUCUGGGACCUUGGCUCCUAUGGAUUCAUUUGCAUCUGAACUGGGCACACUGUUCCCCAACCGGAUCGAGACCAUGCAUGUGGUGGACAUGAAGAAGCAGGUAUGGGCAGGUUGUCUCGGAGUUGGACCAGACAGUAAACCCUUAAAAGCUGAUUUCAAGAAUCUUCACACGUUAGAAUUUCAGGACUCUGUCGGGGCCGCAUUGGAGAGGUUCUUCCAGGUUGUUCCAGGUGGGAUUCUAGUGUUUUUCUCCAGCUAUCAUGCACUUGAGACAUUCGCCAUCCGAUGGAAAGCUACGAAGCUCUGGGAGAGGCUGGAGUCACUUAAACAGAUGUUUACAGAGCCGAAGGGUCGCCAGCUUGAUGAACAAUUUGAUACUUUGUUGAAGAGGUACUCUAAUGCUGUAAUGGGGGAAAAUAACACUGGCAUUGGAGCUCGCAAUGCAAAAGGUGGAAAGGGGAGGUCGCGUACUACCGGACGGUACAGAGCUGGACCCCGGUCAUCCAAAGAAGCGACAGGGAGUGAAACCGUAACAGGAUCUAAACCUCGUGGUGCAGCACUGUUGGCUGUCUGCAGAGGGAAGGUUUCCGAAGGCAUGGAUUUCGCAGAUGAGUAUGCAAGGGCAGUUGUAUCCACAUCUUCCAAUCGAGCUGUGAUAUUGAUGCAUGAACUCUAUUACUUGCCUUCUAGCAUAAGAGCUGUUGUUUAGAUGCCUCAACUCAUAGGUGUCAUUUGGAAUAUGGUAUGGACUCUGGAUGUUAAUGUAUUUCAUGAUUUCACAGUGGUCUGUUCAGUAAACACAGUGCCCCAAAGCUUGCUCCAGGUUCCGGGAGCUACGUACAUCAAUCAUAUGUGUGACGGGUUUCUGCAAAGUGUCCACGGAGUCUUAUUUGGGAUGUACUCACUCAUGUUUCAUUGUUUGUCCUCUGCUGCUGUGCAGCCUCUUCCAACUACUCCGACCCCAUCCACCUCUCUGUUCCGCUUUUCCGGUUUGUAGAAAGCAAACAAAAGAAACACGAGUCU